GUAGGUGUGGUGAUUGGAGAGGAACAGCCACGGAACUUGCACGACGUUUUGAUUGGCUAUCAGCGUAACAGAUGUCGAACUCCGUUUUUUAAGGAUGCUGAGACCGUACUACGACGUAAAGGGAUGAGGCGAACCGACAGUAAUUCUGGCGAUGAACAGUUACAUUACUUUUAAUAAGUUUCCUUAGCGUGCGGGCUACUAUUUCAGCGAAAUUUACAAUCGUUGCCAAAGACGCAUAUGCUUCAGAGGAACUGAGCAAUACCCUGCCUGGAAAAUAAUUUUGUGUAUUUUUUCGGACUUCUUUGGAUUCCCGGACAUCCAGUUGCCAGCGACACGGUUUGAGGAAAUGUACGCCACCGUGGAAAGACUGGUAUUUUACCUUGGUAUUCUGAUGCUUUUAAUGACAUGUGAAGCAAGAGGCCCUCCAUGGGUGAGCCACCAGGUAGAGGAGAGACAGAUGGCGCGGCUGGGGCGGACCGUGCGCCUCCCCUGCCCUGUUGAGGGCGACCCUCCACCCCUCAUCCUCUGGGUAAAGGAUGGCCGGAACGUGAACCAGGGCUACAGCCGCUACCGGGUGCUGAAGCAGAGCCUGAAGAUAAAGGAGGUCGAGAUGGAAGAUGCCGGCGUCUACAUCUGCCGCGUCACCAAUGGCUUCGGCAGCAUCGCACUGAACUUCACCCUCAUCGUCAUCGAUGACGCGGCCGUGACUCAGAACAAGCCUCCUCCUGUGGCUGAGCCCAACGCGGAAAACAUCCUGCAGGACCCAACAGGACAGCCAUGGGUGAAACCACGCUUCAGCCAGCCCACUAAGAUGCGGCGGAGGGUGCUGGAACAGCCGUUGGGCAGCUCCGUGCGUCUCAAGUGCCUGGCGAGUGGCACCCCGCCGCCCUCCAUCACCUGGUGGAAGGACCAGACCCUCCUGGCACGCCCGCGCCAGGGCAAGCGCCCGCAGUGGACCCUCACGCUGAAGAACCUGCAGCCUCAAGACAGCGCCAGAUACACAUGCCACGUGACCAACACCGCCGGGCACAUCAAUGCCACCUACAAGGUGGAUGUUAUUGAGCGCACCAACUCUAAGCCCAUCCUCACCGGGACGCACCCCGUCAACACCACGGUGCCGUUCGGAGGCACCGCGUCCUUCCAGUGUAAAGUGCACAGUGACGUCAAGCCCGUCAUACAGUGGCUCAAGCGCGUGGACCCCGGCACAGAGGGCCGCUACAACUCCACCCUGGAGGUCGGAGGUCAGCAUUUUGUAGUGCUUCCCACCGGCGACGUCUGGUCACGCCCGGACGGCUCGUACCUGAAUAAGCUCGCCAUCAUCAAGGCCCGGGAGGAGGACGCCGGCAUGUACAUCUGCCUGGGCGCCAACACCAUGGGCUACAGCUUCCGCAGUGCCUACCUCACCGUGCUGCCGGACCCUCAGGUGGAGAAGCCCAUCACUCCUCCACACCUGAGCUCCGGGCUGCCAUGGCCUCUCAUCAUCGGCAUUCCAGCCGCGGCGCUCCUUAUCGUGGGCACCAUCGUGCUCUGGCUGUGCCACAGCCGCCGGCGCCAGGGCGCGCUGCCACCCCGAACGGCGGCCCACCACGAGCACCACUCCAUAGACAAAGACCAGGCCGCGCCGAGCAGCAUCACGCCCGACUUCCCCAACCAGAGACUCAUGGGCAUGUCUGCCCCGGCCUUAAGCGGCCCGCCAAAACUCUACCCCAAGGUCUACACAGACACUCACACACACACACACACACACUCCCAUGCCCACGUGGAGGGCAAGGUCCAUCAGCACUUCCACUACCAGUGCUGAAGAGCCACUGAUGGCCACGUGCUUCAAGACGCUGCUGCUGCUGCUGCUCCAACUCAGCCCUGUUAUGAGUCAGGAGCCCCCCCCAACCCCCCCAUGGACUAGCACACUGCUACAGGACGGAAGAGGAUUGAUUGACAGCUGACAGGAGGUUCACUUUCCCAUUAGCAUUGGUGGUGCUAGCAUCGCUUCCCGUUAGCAGUGGUGGUGCUAGCAUUGCUUGCCAUAGCAGUCUCAUUUAGAUUGCACCCAGGAACGAGGCGCAAGUGUCAGCUUUGGUGGAAUGCAUUUACCCCCAAAUGACUCAAAGGCUCAGGGCUGGAAUUAAGUCUCAUAAAUAUUUUUUAAUCGAACUGUCUCAUUUGUGUUUGUUUGUCUGUUUUUUUUUUUUUUGUCUUUUGAAUCCAAGUGAACCUAUAUCUCAUAAAGGGACAAAAAAAAGAAAUUGGUACAUUUCUCUAAAUUCUGUGAUCUCUGUAUCUCUGAAAGGACAAAAUAUUAUUUUACCAAUGCUGAAAUGAUCACAAUAUGAGUUGUCUUGAAACAUUCGUAAAUGAGAAAUAGCGUCUGCGACAAAACUGCUAAUUGUGCCAGCAAUACUGUUUACAGACUGUUCCUUUUCCAGCAAUACUGUUUACAGACUGUUUCCUUUUCUUGUGCAGUAGCUAACAGAAACUGUGGUUUUUAUUUUCGUUCUUGAAAAUAGUUGUUCAUUUGUUGUGAAUAAGUUUAGCAAGAAAAUGUAAAGCUCAUCUGGGAAAUGUGAUGAAAAGAAUAUGAUAGGUAACCUUGAUAUAGACUUGUUAUAUUUGUAUGAAAAGAUAUUUUAUAUAUAUAUAUUCAACUUUUUAAGGCAGUAUUACUAUUAUGUACCCUAUGUGUGUAAAGAGGACAUUUCAAACUUUAAAUACAUUUCAAACUUUAAAUACAGCACAAAACCAAAAGGAUACAGGAUACAUUCGGUACUGUUGCAAUACAAAUUAAUACUUUGAAUGUUGUACUGUACAUUUUCAUACAACACAAAUGAGUUGCCAUGACAGUUUUGCAUUGUGACGUCAUAAUCCCCUCAGGUUCCGUGGUGCUCCCACAUGUUAUGUUCAACUCCACAUGCUCAUAAACAUAUGCAGUUCUUUCAAGAAAUAUUGCAUGCUGCGGUUUAUCCUGGUGCUCGUGUACAUGUACUAUAAUGAUAUUUUUGUAAUAAAAGAACAUUUUUUUUCUAUUUCA